AUGCAGAAUGCGCCGCUUGUUCAGCAAGGUCAGCCGAUAACUUGGCAGAGAAUGGCAUUGACUGCGGCGGGUGUCGCUGGCGCUGUGGUGGUCAUUGAUGGGUUUUUGAACCGAGAAACGAGGGAUGGGUUGUCUACUGGAGAACAAGCUUUAUUACAUGACACUUUCAAGUAUACUGGCGGCGGUCUUGUACUCACAGCAUUAGCCGCUCGUUCCAUGUUCAAAUCCGGACUUGCCUUCAGAAUAAUGACCGCUAACCCUUGGCUGGUUCUCGGUGUAAGUCUCGUCGGUAGUAUCGGGACUAUGAUGGGAACAUUUUAUACACCUCCGGAGAAGACAGUGCAGAAGCAUUUACUUUGGCUGGGUUUCAACGCUUGUCAAGCCGCUACCCUCAGCCCUCUGUUCCUCUUUAGCCCAGCUAUCCUGUCUCGCGCGGCUCUAUACACAGUCGGUAUUGUUGGGUCGUUAUCGUACGUCGGUGCUACUGCGAAAAACGAUACAUUUUUGAAUUUAGGCGGGCCUCUUCUCGCUGGUGUCACCGUAGUCGCUCUUGCAUCUCUCGCACCUAUGGCUCUUCCCCUCGGUGUCCGAAGUCUGGCAGUAACCGAAGCCCUUUCGCUCUAUGGUGGGCUUGCUGUGUUUGGAGGUUUUGUUUUGUAUGACACGCAGAAGAUCUUGCACCACGCUCGAUUAUCAGAACAAGGGCUCAUGAAAGCAGACGCUAUAAACGAGUCGAUUGGGUUGGAAUUAGAUAUGAUCAACAUCUUCAUUCGCCUGGUACAGAUUCUUGCUAUGCAAGGGAAUAAUAGGAAGUGA